AUGGACAACCACAGGGAUGCGCCAGGGAAGGCGAGCCGGUGGUUCGGCGUGUCCCAAUCCAAGUCGGCCAAGACGAGUGUGAACAUCUUGCAGCAGGAGGAGCUGAUCGCCCAGAAAAAACGGGAAAUCGAGGCCAGGCUGGAGCAGCAGGCGCGGCAGAAUUCCCUGAGCAUCCCGCAGCUCCCGCUGCUCGGAGAUGAUGAUGGCUCCGAGAGCGAGGCCUCUGUGUCCAACAAGUUUGUGAACGAUGGGAGCUUCCUGCAGCAAUUCCUGAAGCUCCAGAAGGAAAAAUCCAAUGCUGAAACUGCCCCAAAUGCCCCCAACAGCUCUGGGAGUGCCCCAGCCCCACAGGCCGGGAAGAAGCCGGCGCUGCUGGGGAAGCGGCCGGGCCAGGCCCUGAGCCGAAUGCUCCAGGCCCGGAGCCUCUCCCAUCCCAAACCCAGCCCUGUCCUGAGCCGCCUCAGCGUCUUCCAGGCCCCAGAUGAGGAUGAGGAGGAGGAUUAUGAGCAAUGGUUGGAAAUCAAAGUUUUGCCCCCAGAGGACUCGGAGACACGGCAGGUGGUGGAAAAGCUGGCCAGGUUCGUGGCUGAGGGCGGCCCCGAGCUCGAGAAGGUCGCCAUGGAGGACUACAAGGAUAAUCCUGCUUUUUCGUUUUUGCAUGAUAAGAACAGCAGGGAAUUCCUUUACUACAGAAAGAAAGUGGCAGAAAUAAGGAAAGAAAAUCAAAAUUCCCAGGCAGCCUCUUCCCAAAAAGUUUCCCCCCCAGCCGACCAGGAGACGCGGAACUCUGCGGAGAAGCUGGCGCAGUUCGUGGCUGCUGGGGGGCCUGAGGUGGAGGCCAUUGCCCUGCAGAACAACAGGGAGAACCCUGCCUUCAGGUUCCUGUACGAGCCCCACAGCAAAGGGCACCGCUACUACCGCCAGAAGCUCGAGGAGUUCCGCAGGGCCCGGGGCACCGCCCCUUUUCCCGGGAAUCCCCCUUUUCCCGGGAAUCCCCCUUUUCCCGGGAAUCCCCCUUUUCCCGGGAAUCCCCCUUUUCCCGGAGAACCCGGCCUCAAACGGAAAAGCAGCCCCGAGGCCUCUCCCUCCCCUCUGUGCUUCCCUCCUCAUCCCCUUCCCUCCCCUCUCCCUCUCCCCGUUCCCAUCCCUCCUCCUCCUCCUCCUCCAGCCCUUCCCGUUAUUCCCGCCGCUCUCCCCAUUCCCUCGGCCUCUCCUUCCCCAUCCUCAUCCUCCACCUCCCCUCCGGAUCAACCAGCCUCAAAUCCCACCCCAAUCCCAAAUCCCACCCCAAUCCCAAAUCCAGCCGCGGCCCCCAAUCCCUCGGGGCUCCCCAAUCCCUCGGGGCUCCCCAAUCCCUCGGGGCUCCCCAAUCCCUCGGGGCUCCCCAAUCCCUCGGGGCUCCCCAAUCCCGGCCCGGGCAGCUCCAAGAAGAAGAGGAAGAGCCGCUGGGGGCCGGAGGAGGAGAAGGUGGAGCUGCCCCUGGCACAGCUGGCGCAGCAGCUGGAUUCCCCCUCGGCCCUCUCGGUUCAGGACCUGAAGGGUCUGGGAUAUGAGAAGGGCAAACCUGUGGGAUUGGUGGGAGUCACGGAGCUCUCCGAGGCCCAGAAGAAGCAGCUGAAGGAGCAGCAGGAGAUGCAGCAGAUGUACGACAUGAUCAUGAAGCACAAGCGGGCGAUGCAGGAGAUGCAGCUGCUGUGGGAGCGGGCGCUGCAGCAGCACCAGCACGGCUACGACAGCGACGAGGAGGUGGACAGCGAGCUGGGGACCUGGGAGCACCGCCUGCGGCGCAUGGAGAUGGACAAAACCCGGGAGUGGGCGGAGCAGCUGACCCAGAUGGGCCGAGGGAAACAUUUCAUCGGGGAUUUCCUCCCUCCUGACGAGCUGGAAAAAUUCAUGGAAACCUUCAAGGCACUCAAGGAGGGCCGGGAGCCGGAUUAUUCCGAGUACAAGGAAUUCAAGCUGACAGUGGAAAACAUCGGAUACCAAAUGCUGAUGAAAAUGGGAUGGAAGGAAGGAGAGGGAUUGGGAUCCGAUGGACAGGGAAUUAAAAAUCCUGUCAGCAAGGGCACCACGGCCACGGACGGGGCGGGAUUCGGGAUCGAGCGCCCGGCGGAGCUGACCAAGGAGGACGACGAGUACGAGGCCUUCCGGAAACGCAUGAUGCUGGCAUACCGCUUCCGGCCCAAUCCGCUGAACAACCCACGGCGACCUUACUACUGAGGAGGGCUUUUCCCGACAGAUUUCCUGGGAAUUCUUAUCCCAAACUUCAUUAUCCAUCUCUCUUUUUUUUUUUUUUUUUUUUUUUCCCCCCGAUGUUAUCCAGCUUUUUUUGGGGAAUCACAGCUCCUCCUUCCCCCAUGGAAAAGCUUUCCCAGCUUUUUUUUUUUUGUUUUGGGACACACAUGGAGGGUUUGGAACAGCCCCAAAAAUCCCCCAGGAGACUCCAAUUCCAAGGAAUUUGGGAUUUUUGGCAAUGGCAGAUCUUGUGCUGCUCCAGGAGUGGGGGAGGGUGGGGGAUUUUAUUCCUUGAUUUUUAUCUUGGAAUCUCAGGUCCAAGAGAUUUUAAGGAAUUUGGGGAACCAGUGCCUCCAGUUUUGCCUCUGGAUGAGCGGAUCUGGCACAGAUCCAUUGGGAAUUCCAGGAUUUGAAGGAUCCAGGGGGGAAUUUAUUCCCUUCCCUGGGAUUUUGCCAACACCUCCUGUGCUUUGGGAUGACGAAGACCCAAAAUUCCAAAGCCACACUUUUGGAAAAAAUCCAACCAAAAAAAAAAAUAAUAAUAAUAAUAAUUCCAGCACCGCGCUUUGGAAAAAUCCUGUUGGAUUUUAUUGUCCUAAAAAGAUAAAAAACAAAAAAACAACAAAAAAAACUUCUGGAAAUACGAAUUUUCUUCACAGAGUUCUGUAAAUAAAAUCAAACUUGUUUGUUCCUUAGGUUUAAUCCUUGGGAUUUGUUUGGGAAGAGAGGGAUAAUUUUUUAUUUUUUUUAGGGUGGGAGUCUGCCCUGGUGCUUGUUUUUUUUUCCAAGGAUUUUCAGGGAAAAAAAACCUGGAUUUUGUUCCUUUUUUUUUUUUUUUUUUUUUUUUUUGGAUGCUUGAUAUGAUUCUUUGUUAAUUUUUUUAAUUGCAGACUCAAGCGUUAUUCCAAAAUGGGGGAUGGGGAGGUGGUUUAUCCGGGAAUUUUGGGAAAAUUGGGAAAUGCUGAUAGAAAGCCUGGCAGCUCUCCAGGUAUUGAGGUCACUCCUGGAUCCACCUUUUCCCAGGAAUUCCUAACCCGGAGCUCCCCAGGAUUUAAGGAAGGGAUUUUUGGGAGCAUGGAGAAGUUUGGAAAAUCGCUUUUAUUCCUGGGGAUUCUGGAAUAAAGAAUUUCCUUUUUCCCCCCAUUUUAUUUUAUUUUUAUUUUUGUUUUGUUUUUCCCCGGCUGGAGCAUUCCCUGUUCCCAUUCCCGGGCGUGUCCCGGCUGCUCCCAGAGGGACAAUCCCAGGGCAAAAUCCAGCCGGGAAAAUUCCUCAGGAACGGGAAAGGGCCAAAGGUUGUCCGGGAUCGCAUUUCCCAGGGAUUCGGGAUUCCGGGAAAAGGCGGAGCGGCCGCCCCGGGGAAUUUUGAAUUCCUCUGGAAUAUUUUUCAACCCAUUCCCAACCCUGGGAAUGCCGAGUUUCCUUCAAUGCUCCCUAAAAUCCGGGAUAAAGUUCGGGAAUUCCCAGUUUCCAGUGGGAUGCGGAGCCUUCGAUCCUCACUGAAAUCCGGGCUAAAGGCUCGGGAAUCUCGGGCUCUAAGGAAUUUCGGGAAUUCCGAGCUCCCGGCGGGAUGCGAGACCUUGGGAGUGCGGCCGCUCCCGAUCCUUUCAAUCCCUCCCUAAAAUCCGGGAUAUAAAAGUUCGGGAAUCUCGGGAUUGAAGGAAUUUUGGGGGUCCCGAGUUUCCAGCGGAAUGUGGGGGGCGCUCGGAGCGGCCGCUCCCGAUCCCUCUUUGCCUUCGUGUCCCCCUGUCUGUCCCUG